AGGACUUUGCUCGAGUGGCAGGGGAAGUGUCGCGCACGGCCGGGCUCCGGGCCUCCUCCCUGGGGCCCAUGGCGCCCCGCGACGGCCGCGAACAGCGGAGCGCCGCCGCUGGGACGGGCCGUGCGCUGUCUGCCGGGAUCUCGGUGGAGGACGGCGACCCGCCCCUGCAGCUGGUCGCCUGCGCGCGCGAGCUGCGCGCGCCGCUGAGCGGCGGCGAGGCUCUUCAGGGCCAGCGGGCCCAUCCAGAGAGCCCUGGCCUGGACAUUCGGGCGGUGUGGCAGGUCACCUCCAUGUCGCUUGGGAUCGGCGUGUUCACCAUCCCGCACGCCUUCCUGCAGCUGGGGGCUCUGCACGGCGCGUUCUGGGUCAUCGUGCUGGGCCUCUUCGCAGACUUCGCGCUCCAGGCGCUCUUGGAUUGCGCCGCGGCUCUGGGGAUCACGUCCUACGACGGCCUCGCGAAGCACGCCUUCGGCGCCGCCGGCGAACUCGCCAUGAUGCUCAUCACCAUCAUUACCACCUUCAUCGCCACCCUGAGCUAUCUUGGGUCUGUUAAAGAGAUCCUGGUUGGAGUAGUCGUGGCUUUCUUCCUUGACUUUGACGUCAACAGCGGGGAGAACGGUGUGGAAGUGCUCAGCAAAGCUAAGGAGCUAGUACUGCUCUCUGUGCUGACCGCAGUCGUGCUGCCUCGGUGCCUUGGCCGUUCCAUGGGCUCCAACGCUUGGAUCUCCACAGCAGGGGUGCUCGCCAUCACCUGCGCCUCGAUUUUCUUCGUCGGACACUGCGCGGUGCAACUGGUGGCCGGGCGCGGAGGACCUCGACCAGAGCUGUUCAAGUUCGACACGGAGAACGCACUCAAGAGCGUUGGGGACAUCCUCGAGAAUGUCGCGACACUCGCCUUCUCAUUCUCGAUGUGCUUUGCGGUCUUCGAGGUUCUGGAGGAGCGAGUGGUGGGCGGCGACGUGGCCUCCGCGGUGGGGAAGCUGAAGCCAGCUGUUCGGAUGAGCGUGGUCUUCAGCUGCUGCAUAUACCUCCUGGUUGGCCUUAUCGGCGUCUUCACUUUUGGCACCAACACCAGGUCGCUGGCUCUCGCGAACACGUCUCUGACGGACGUGCUGUCACUAUCAAUAAACACAGUGGUGGGCGUCAGCACGCUUCUGCUGGUAGCGAUCGUGGCCUUCCCGACCAUCCACACUCUGGAGAAGCUAUGUGGGCUCUGCUGCCACCCGCGCGACUAUGAAAGCUCGCCCCGGAGCGGCCGCCAGCUGCUAUCUCCGAGAACUCGCCCGGUGCUCGUCGGCAUGGUUGGUGUCCUGGCCGUGCUGAUUGAUGCCUUCCUGCCCACCAAGGUCGCCUUCGCGCUCACAGGCUCGCUGGGGCUCGCCGCCGCCGCCUACUGCCUGCCCUGCCUGCUGCUCCUGCACCUGCGGCCCCACGGCGGUGGGGGCCACGCGGUGGCCGCCCACCCGGGCGCCGUCGUGGUGCUGCUGUUCGGCUGCACGCUGCUGCUGGGCUCCACCCCCGUCGAGGUGCUGCGGGCGGCCAGCGCUGGCUCGCCGCUGCGGCCGGCCCUGCUGCCCCAGCUGUGCAACCACAGCGCCCUGCACCGCGGCGCCGCUGUCGGCGGCGAGCUCUGAUCCCCGGGCCCGUGGGCAGCGGCCAGCGGCGCGGCGGGCGGCCUGCAGGCCCAGGGCCGGCCACGGAGACCCCGCGACAGGCCGCGGGAGACCCUCCACCCUCCCGCUCCCUCGUGCCCCUCCCGCCUGACUUCAAGCAGUGGCGAGUUUCAAGUGGCAGAGCUCGUCAGGCUGCCUGCCCAGGGCGCGGCUCCGGGAGCCCAGCGCAGAAAAAGUGCGUCGCCCUCGCAUGUGCAGGCGGGUGCAGCCCGGCCCCUUUUUGUUCCUGGAGCCUGUGGAGCGCUCGGUUCGCGAUUUUGGCUGCAGACCGUCGCCGAGCGCGUUCCACUACUCGCAAAUAGUGACCUUGCGAGUGGUCGAACGCGCUCGUUUGGCCCGUGCGACGGUCUGUCCCCGUGGGAGAGCGAGGGCGCUCCCACCCUGUCCGGGCGACUGUUGCGGGAGGGCGCCUGCGCGCACCCUCCUGCGCGCUGGCGCCCACCAGGCGCCGCUGGGGCUGCCAGGGUGGGCCGGAGGCUGCGCCCGCCCCCAUGGAGGCCCGAGCGCGCGAAAACGAGGGGACCGG